ACAUCACCCUUCGAUUAUCUACAAAUCCGAUGCUACAAUCUGAAUCAGAUUCGAAAUCCCGUUUGAUCAAAGAGAUCUGCGACAUAUCAAACCAUGCCAUUUCAUCAUGUGCCCAUCAUAACACCUUCGAUUCCAACCCUUUCAUCGACUGGUACAUUCUUCUUCAAGUUGAAGACAAUGUGGGUGUUGAUAUAAUCAGAAAAAAGUAUCAUAAAUAUGCCUUACUACUCCAUCCUGACAAGAACAAGCACCCCAAAGCGGAAUUUGCUUUCAAACUCAUUUCAGAGGCAUAUGCAUGCCUUUCGGACGAUACAAAACGAUCGGAGUUUGAUGUGAGAAGAUGGAACAAUCUCUGCAGCGAGUGCGUUAAAACACCACAAAUGAGAAACAAUGUGAAGGGGUCGUCUCCUUCGAAUAGGUCAAGGUCCAAAAAGAUAUCGGCAAGAGUGAAAGAAGUUAAAGCUAGAUUGAUGGCCGAGGCAAGAGUGAUCGAAAAGUGUUUGAAGGCGAACGCAAAUGUCAAAGUUUUUGACAAAGAAAUGCCGGUUUUUGAACCGGAUGAUUAUGCGACUCAAGGGUACCCUCAUUUUCCGGUUUGGAGAUCUAACGAACCUAAGAGCUCGAGAUCGUGGUUGAAGAAAAGAUUCAAAUACGAGACUCAACAACAACAGAUGAACGUGAAAUGUGAUUCUCCGGUGUUCGAAUGUAGAUCGAAUAGGUCAUCGAUCAAACUCAAAUCCUUUGGAUCGCAGAUUUGA